AUGACAACUGCAGAAGAAGGCAGUUCCCCCACGCGCAUUCGCGUCCUCACGCUGAAUUGCUGGGGUCUCAAGUACCUCUCGAAAUUCCGUCAUGAACGCAUGUCAGAAAUCGGACGACAAAUCGCCAUAGCCGAAGACCCUCCCCAAAUUGUCGGGUUGCAAGAAUGCUGGACUCAACAAGACUACAAGAGCAUUCGAAGACAAACGAAACAUCUCCUUCCGUACGGCAAAUUCUACUAUAGUGGAGUAUUCGGAGGCGGAUUGGCAAUUCUCUCGAAAUGGCCUAUUGAGGAGAGUAGCAUGUUCGCUUACCCGCUCAAUGGGCGUCCGACAGCUUUCUUCCGUGGUGAUUGGUAUGUCGGUAAGGGUGUUGCUUGUGCACGGAUACGCAUGGGGCCGAGAGCGGAUGAUAUUGCAGAAGUGUUUUGUACACAUCUCCAUGCGCCAUACGAAAAGGAGCCACACGAUUCAUAUCUCUGUCACCGAACCGCACAGGCAUGGGAAAUCGCAAAAUUGAUGCGACGAGCGGCUGAGAGAGGUCACUUAGUGAUUGGAUUGGGAGAUUUCAACAUGGUGCCCAUGUCCUUUGCUCACCGAUUGAUUACUGCACAUGCUCCGGUCAAAGAUGUAUGGAGACAUCUACAUCCGGACUCAUCUGUCGGAAGCGCAGAUUCAGCUGCUGAGAAGAAACGAGGCAAACCCAUUCCAUCGGCGGAUUUUAAUAUUGCAGAGAAUGGCGCGGCAAGCGACGGUCCUUUUAAUACAUGGCGCUGGCCGAAGGAGCAGCAAAAACGACUCUUCAAGGGCGAGGAUACCUUUAUAGAUGGUAGUCAGCCGGACCCGAAAGGUCGACGAUUGGAUUAUAUCUUCGUUGGAGACGGUGGUUAUCCACCAUCUUUUCCCGCGCCGCGAUGGAAUAUUGAAGCGGCUUGGGUUACUAUGAUGCAACGCCAUCCUACGCUCAAGGUGUCGUUAAGUGACCAUUUCGGCAUCGAAACGGUCAUUACACGAGAUGUAAAUCAUCCGGUUGCGACUGCUGAACAAUCGGAAAAACCUUCAUCUCAGCUUCACCCAACAUCCGCGCCUAGUUCUGCACUCACAGUAGAAACUUACGACGAGAUUCUGGCCAUGGUCGAUAAAUAUGAGCUCCGCGAACGGUCUCAAUGCCGAUGGCGUUUGGCGCAUUUCCUACUCUCCGUUCUCGUGUCCAUUGGUUGCUUUAUAGGCGUGUGGUGGACGGCGGAUGUGAUAUAUGUUGCUUUCAUCUUGACCUUUGUUAGUACCCUGAGCUUUGGAGCUGGUAUCCUGGAUGGAUUGAUUGGUGGACUGUUCAUGUCAGCUGAAUUGAGGGCAUUGAAGGAGUUCAAAUGGGAGGUUCGGACUGCGAGACGGCUUGCCAGUGUUGCUGCUGGGAAUAGUAAAGCUGCUGAGGGGGCCGAUGAUGAUGACGACUUAUAG